AUGGAAAAUGAGGAUGAACAGAAGAAAGAAGAUAAUAAAGAUAAGCAGGAAACUGGCAAUGUAAAGGAGGUAGCAGAGGUGAGCAAUACACAGAGUAGGAGAGGGAUGUAUAAAAUACAAUGGUCAUUAAGGCAGAACAGGUAUAAAAAAGACAAAUUUGACCACAUAAUGGGAGAAGUGCAGAAUGAGGAAGUAAAUAACAUGCCAACAUCUAAUACUUUAGAAGCCCUUGCAGAAGAACAUCAUGAAGUGGAGGAUAAUAAAGGUGAUCAACAAGACAAGAUAGAUAAGCAACAACAAAUCAUAGAGAGCACAAAGGAAUGGGUUACUAAUACUUUUAGUAAUCAAGGACAACAACAAAUUGAAAAAAACAUACAGACAGUCAUGACCAUUCAAGAACAAGUUGAUAAGAGGAAUCAAGAGCAAGUUGAUAAUAGGGAAAGGGAAGAUCAUAUUGCAUCAGUGCCACAAUCUCAAACAGAUAAGAGUCAUAUGCAGGUUGUUGUUCUUCAGCCAGAUAUUCAAAAAGAAGACAUGGAGGUUUUAGAAGAUAUCAUGCCAUUAGUUGUUCAAGUUGAAAAACAAUUACAGUACAGUAACAAGGAGAAUGCAAUAAUGAAUGAAGAUAACCUGGAGGAGACUAUUAAUAAACUGAGAAUUGAUGGUAACUUAUCACCUAAACAAAUUGAUAGGUUGAAAGAAAAACAAGGCAUCCCACAGAAGAAUCACAGAGUUGGGAAGACUAGUACAAUGCAGACAAGGAGUUCUAUGAAGAAUAAGUUGGGAUGA